AGCUCCUGCUGGGCCACAACAAGUGAUUAUCUGAAGGAUCCCUGGAUUUAGUGCGCAGUUGGUGCACCAGAUUGAAUUGUUUGGAGUCCUUCAUGACCACAUGUGAUUUCUGCAUGCUCUUUAAGCAGGAGCUGUUCCUCCCCAUCCAAAUUUACACAGCUUCCAUGCACUUUGGACCAAACUGUGACAGUCUUGGGUGGCUGGCCUGAGAUCAAAGAUUUAAUUGGGUAUCAUUUAUUUUUCCAGUGUUACGUUCAUAUCAAAAAUGGUGUGAAAUAGAAUGGUUUAAAAACUAGUGACUGAUCAAAAGUUAGCUUAUCUAGCUUAAUGUGAACUUGAAUCUAGGUCUCUGCCUAGCACUUUAGUCUAUUCAUGUACUGGUUCUUAAUAUUUCUUUCGGGGACAAAAGUUAACAAAUUGCUAGACAAUGUUUUAUUUGCCACUGAAUAGAUACAAUAAUAUGCAAGUAAUCUUUCUUAAAAACCACUUAGGAACUCCUGUAAAAACAUUUUUGUACUGAAAUAACUUAUUUCUUCUUGACAGAAGAGUAGCAGCUCAGAAUCAUUGAGUGACAAAGGUUCUACUGAAUUGAAGAAAAGUUUUGAUGCAGUAGUUUUUGAUGUUCUGAAAGUUACACCUGAAGAAUAUGCAGGCCAGAUUACGCUCAUGGAUAUUCCUGUAUUUAAAGCUAUUCAACCAGAGGAACUGUCAAGUUGUGGUUGGAAUAAAAAGGAAAAAUAUAGUUCAGCACCAAACGCCGUUGCUUUUACAAGAAGAUUCAACCAUGUAAGCUUUUGGGUAGUUAGAGAGAUUCUUCAUGCACAGACGUUGAAAAUAAGAGCUGAAGUCCUAAGCCACUAUAUCAAAACUGCUAAGAAACUUUAUGAACUAAAUAAUUUACAUGCUCUUAUGGCUGUGAUUUCUGGAUUGCAAAGUGCCCCCAUCUUCAGGUUGACUAAAACAUGGGCGUUACUGAGCCGAAAAGACAAAGCUUCAUUUGACAAGCUGGAAUACAUAAUGAGCAAAGAAGACAAUUAUAAAAGACUUCGAGAUUAUAUUAGUAGCUUGAAGAUGACUCCUUGUAUUCCUUAUUUCGGUAUUUAUCUCUCAGACUUGACAUAUAUUGACUCAGCAUAUCCAUCAACAGGAAGUAUUCUGGAAAAUGAGCAGAGAUCAAAUUUAAUGAAUAAUAUUCUUAGAAUAAUUUCAGACUUACAGCAAUCUUGUGAAUAUGAUAUUCCUGUGUUGCCUCAUGUUCAAAAGUACCUGAAUUCUGUUCAGUAUAUAGAGGAACUUCAGAAGUUUGUGGAAGAUGAUAAUUAUAAACUUUCAUUAAAAAUAGAACCUGGGACCAGUACCCCACGUGCCACUGCAUCUCGUGAAGAUUUAGUUGGCCCUGAAGUGGGUGUUUCUCCCCAAACAGUGCGAAAGAAUGCUACUGGGGAAGGAGCAUUGCUACCACCAACUCCUCCAUCGCCUAGAAACCUGAUGCCUCAUGGGCAUAGAAAAUGUCACAGUUUGGGAUACAAUUUCAUUCAUAAAAUGAACACAGCAGAAUUUAAAAGUGCAACAUUCCCAAAUGCAGGACCAAGGCAUCUUUUAGAUGAUAGUGUCAUGGAACCGCAUGCUCCAUUACGGGGACAGGCAGAGAGCUCCACCCUUUCCAGCGGAAUUUCAAUAGGUAGCAGUGAUGGUUCAGAGCUUAGUGAAGAAACUUCUUGGCCAGCAUUUGAAAGGAACAGAUUAUACCAUUCUCUUGGUCCGGUGACAAGACUAGCACGAAAUGGCUAUUGGAGCCACAUGAAGGGCAGCAGUUCUGCAGAAUCUGAAGAUUUAGCUGUUCAUUUAUAUCCAGGAGCUGUUACUAUUCAAGGGGUUCUUAGAAGAAAAACUUUGUUGAAAGAAGGGAAGAAACCAACAGUAGCUUCUUGGACCAAAUACUGGGUGGCUUUAUCUGGAACACAGCUUUUCUACUACGCUGCAAAGUCUUUGAAGGCUACAGAGAGAAAACAUUUCAAAUCUACACCAAGUAAGAGUGUGUCAGUAGUGGGUUGGAUGGUUAUGAUGGCUGAUGAUCCCGAUCAUCCGGAUCUUUUCCUACUCACAGAUUCUGAAAAAGGGAAUUCAUACAAGUUUCAAGCUGGUAAUAGAAUGAAUGCAAUGCUGUGGUUCAAGCAUCUAAGUGCUGCCUGCCAGAGCAACAGACAACAGGUUCCUGCCAAUUUAAUGACUUUUGAGUGACCAGCUACUGCAGAAUUUGAUCCAUCCACUUUUGAAUUGCUAUUUCACGGUUUGAGAAGUCCUGCUGAAGGCAUGCCAGCUCUACUUCUGACUAGGAAGUAAACGAAAGUUCUGAAUGAAAGCACUAAAGAUUUCAGGGAAUGGAAUGUGACAUGAACUACCAUAAGGCUUUGCUGCUACUCAAUAUUCUCUGAACUGACUUGUGGAAACCACUGCCUUAAAGAAUGAAAGGUUAUCCAACAUGAAACACCAAAUUUGUGUGUGUGUGUGUUUGUGUGUGUGUGUACGUAUAUGUGUGUAAAACCUCUGACGGUGCUGUGCUUAGGUUAAGUAGGUUGUAGCUAGUUUGUGUUUGUGUUUACUUUGUUACAUUUUACUUUUCAAGCCCUGCUUUUUGCAGCUUUUCUCGUUGUAAAAAGGAGUACAUCUGAAACUUAAAGGGUGUUUCAAGGGGUGUUUGUGCAAGGGCAUAGCCUGUGUUUUCUUGAAAAAAAUAUGCAGCUUAUAUCUGUGUCCCCCGGUAUUAGCUCUUGUGCUCAGCUAAUUGGGGACAGGGUAUAAUUAGUUUAGCUUAGAAUGUAACAACUGUAACAUAUGCAAAAUUUAUCUUCUUUUUAUAAAGCACUGACUUUGCAGAAUUUGAUACUACAUGAGGUUUUUCCUUUCUGCAAGUGAUACAACAGCCAAUAUAUUCAUUCUUUUUUUUGAGAGAGAGAGAGAAAGAUCUUGGUUGUCAGUUUCAAGGAAGCUCUGGGAAACAUCAGGAAGUCAGAACUGAGAAUUUAAUCUCAACAUAUUUUCAGACAAAACACCCUCAUUUCUCCUUUACAUAUAUUUUUUACUUACACAUUGUAUGCUUUUUCACAAGCACAUUUACCCCUGAAAAUCUUUAUUACUGCCUACUAAAUAUUGUUUUACAGAUGAAAACCUUAUAUUUUCCUUUCUGUAGAAGCACAUGAUUGGGAUUAGAAGUUUUUCUAUUUCUUUUAUGUCAGAGCUGGAAACCGUAUCUCUGAAGCAUAAAUUUAUUUGUGUAUAAUUUGCAAAAGUCAGCUCUUACAUAAUCAGAAAAAUCUGCAAGUAAAAAGAUAAGCCACUGGUGGGAUUAAUUACAAAUAGGUUUAGUGUAAGAAAAGAUAGGUUGCCAUUUCACAUAUUUCCUUUAAAAAACAGCCUAUCCACACGUGAGAUAAUUUGUAAAGAAACUCACGCUCUGAAAAAUUUGUCUGUGUAACUAUGAUAGCAUGAUACUUUGAACUAGACAAUUUCAUAGCCUUCACAUGGUAAUAAUUUUGAUCACAAGAAAACAAGGUCAGUUGAAAUCAACUCAGUCAGUGCUAUAGUCCAGUUAAGAAUAUGAAUAUAUAUAUAGCUGUCCACAGAAGGAAAUAAUAAGGCUGAUAUAAUAUUUUCAUGCAAAGUACAAUGAAAAAAAAUGGGGACAUUAAAAUUAUCCACUUUUAAAAUGUCUUUCUGUUGUUCCUGCCAUAAAGUUCACAAUAUACUUAAAUUUUGGAUUUUUUGGGAAUUAAUACUCAGUUCUGACCUUCUGGUGGUAUUUGUUAUAAAAGGAGACCUGCAUGUUUUUACUUGCUUAGUUUACACAUCUGCCAAUAAAAUGACAUAGGAUGUUUCGUGGGAACAUCUUUCUAGCCAGCAGUAUUACUAUAUAGAGUUUGCACAAUUUAAUUUCCACUUUUCAGAGUUUAAAAAAAGCAUCCCAUUUUUUAAUGUUGGGGAGUGGAAUCCUGUGGAAUUUGUUUUGUUAUAAAAAAAGUGCGGAAGAAAAAGAAAUGUGUAGAUAGAUUUAUCGAAUUGAUCACCUCCCUUAUGAGUAGAAAGAUGCAACUGCAGACUACAGCUUAAUUAGGCACAAAGUUUUGAAAGAUAAAAGGUCGACUCGUGCCAGUUUUUCUCAUGAUGUCUGAUAUAGUUAGUUUUGGCAUGUUCAGUGAGUACUUUUGAACAUUUACAAUAUUUGAUUCAGAUCAUAGAACAUCAUACAUAUUUUCUGAGAUGCAUCAUUUUUGAAGCUUAUGUAACAUUUUCACAAUUAUUUCAUUACAUCAAAAUGUUUCUCAAAAGAAAAUGGAUGGUUUGGAGAAGGAACACACACAAAAGGGAUCACAUGGAUCAGUUCAAAACCAGGUUGGAAACUUGUUUUUGCCCAAUAGAUUACCCAAAACAGCAAAAGUAGUAAAAUUUUCAACUUCUGUUUAAAAACUUUACUUAGCGUAUUUCCUAUAAAUAGCAAAUAGGGAUAUUAUACUUUUACGGCUUUUGGCUUUCUCAUAAACAUUUUGCAGUUUUUGUAUUUAUUUGUUCUGAUUUAAUCUAUUUGAAAAAAUAUUUCAAACCUUGAACCAUUCCAGAUUUCAUAGUAGUUUUAAAGGUUGCACUUGUAAAAAGAUCUAUUUAAUUUCUAACAAUUUGCUUCAUUCAUCAGUUAAAUCUCAGUAAUGUAAAAUUUUACAGUUAAUACUAUUAAUAAUAUCCUUUAAUAAUAAUUUAAAAUAUGCAUCAGAAAAUCUAAAUGCUGUUUGAAUAUGAAUGAAGCAUUUUGCUUGAUAGUACAAGUUUCUUCUAAGUAAUUGAGCUAAAUACAUAGAUGCUAAUACUAUCAGGGAUGGUUUUUAUAAUAAUUAAUAGAAAAUAGAACGAGUUCCAUUUUUACUAUAACAAAAAACACUGGAUUUUUGGUAUAAAAAGACACAUUUCACUAAAAUAUAUUUUAAUAUUUCAUCUAAAAACAAAUCAAGUUGCAAGAAAUGUUUAAUUCUAAAAGGUAAGAUCUGUUACAAGAAACACUAAUCUGGUUGGUACAAAUGUAGAAUGCCUUAUAUGUCUUCAUUUCAUACAUGCACGUAUGCACACACACACACACAGAGUGCUUCUUCAUCUUGCAUACUGUAAAUGAAGAAUCCAUAUUACAUAUGCCCAACUGAGCCUCAGUUAAUCAACUUUCUAAUUUCCUCUCAUUUUUAUAAAAUGCAGGGGUCAUGGGUUCCGAGUAUCUCAGUACUCGUUAUCCUGAAAAGUUGAUGGCCGUUUCCCAGAUUUCAUUUAGCCCACGUGAAGCUGGUUGAAUAAUACUGUCGGACUACUUUGUCAAAUCUCAGCCAAGAAGAUUUUCCUUGUAAUGAAAUUGUAACUUGCACUGUUUCACGCACAAAUGAUCCACACACACUUUUCUAUAUACAUUGAAGACAUGGAUGAAGCUGCUUUUCAGAACACAUUAGACGAAAUGAAAAACUUUGUUUCAGCUAUUUAUCUAGAUUGUAUUUGAAUCAUAGAACAUUUACUCUAGAUAUUGUUUUAGACAUACUAUUUUCAAAUAAUGUUAAGUGAGAUUUUUGGAUUUCUUUUGUGGCAUAUUGCUGUACCUUUGUGUCAGAUCAACCAAAUAUGUUGCAAAUUAGAUGUCCUUGUAAUGCAAGCAUCAAGUGGCUCAAGUUGCAUCUUUCUUCCUCAUAUUUUUGUGCGUAUUGCUUUUUUCAGUUGUUAGUAUUCUUAAAUCUUAAUGUUCUAAUUUGGAAUCUUAUAUUCUAUGAAAACUUGAAGACACUAAAAUUUGAAUCAUUUUUUACUUUCUCUGAAAAGUCUAUCUGCCUAAUUUUGGGGAGUUUUGAGUCACUCUCUUUUCCCAUUUAAAAUGGCCUGUAUUCAACCUUAAAAUUUACAUUUAGAAAUAAGACAGAAACAGAAUAUUCAUUCAGAGGAGUGUAACAUUUCCUGCUCAUCAUGAGAUGAGCAUUUUAUAUCUGUAUAAGAUUUUUGCCAGUGCCUUACUUACCAGUUUGAAAGACCAAGGUGGCAAUCCACCAAGUAUUAUUUCUAUGCAUUCCACUACUCAUGUAAAUUGGGCUUUGCAGAAACUCCAAUUGAAUAACUGGAAUUGUUCAGCCAGUAGAAAAGCUUACUUUUUCUCAGCUUAUUUCUGUUUUGAAAGUCAAGCUUUAUGUUUAGUAGACCCAGUAAAAAAAAACACCUCUUAAUUUGAAUACGUUUCAGUUCAUUGGUUUUAUACAAGGAAUUUUUGUGAGCCAGUUCACACCAGGACUAGGCAAUAGAUGCCUCAAGUAUUCCUUCAGACCCUCCUCUUUCACCAUCACCACCAAUGCAAGAUCUUGCCCUAGAAGUGCAAGUUUCACUGAAUCAUUUAAAUUAAUUUUGUAUAAAUCCAUUUUGAAACUGCAAGAUAGAAACCAGUUUUUUAAGAACCAGUUACACAUGAGGAGUUAAUACGUAUAUUUCUUUCUAAACUGUACAAUAUCUGAAUUUUGAGAAAUAAAACUUCAGCAAGAAUAAGAAAUUCUGAAGGCCAUGACUAUUAGCUCUCUAAGUUAAUUUUUCCACAUAUAUGAUAGAGGAGAAUUGAACAACAGGAUUUAUAAUUGAAUGCAACUUAAAUAGCAAGAGUUAAGUCUUUUGCAAGGAUACUGGACCAUGCAGAGACUGUAGUGAAGAGUGUGAAAGUAUAUUACAGUCUAAGGUUUUUCACAACUUUCUGAAACAAAGCUGCAGACAUAUCAACAUGUUUCUUGAGUUCGGGUGUCAUUGAAAAUCUAAAAUGAAAUGUGUGCGAAGCCCCUUCUUUGCAGUGGACAAAUCGGCACCUUCUUUCCCUGAAAAAAAUAUUUAUUUUUAUUACUAAUUAAUGGGCUUACUUUACCAUAAACGUAUUAGAAGAUAUGUGGAAAAGGGGGAUUUUAGUGAAAUCUUGUCUUUUUGUAUCCCUUAACAAUAACAUAAUUUAUAGUUAUUCACAUACCUUAAGAACUUCACAUAUGUAAAAACAUGCAAAGUCUACUUUAUGCUACACACUGCUACACAAGCCAUUUUAGUAUAUUUUCCUCCAUUUGACCUCAAGCACUAUUUUGAUGGAGGUAAAAUGCACUAUGACCUCUACGAGUGAUGUGCAGUUUAGCUGUUCCUUGUCCUUUUUUCUUAGUUUUUAAAAAUACUUUACCACGUGUGUAUGUUUGAACUGUGUGUUUGCAUAAGCUGUUUCAAGAUAGCUUAAUGUAUGAACUUCAAAUGGAUUUUUUUCCUACUGAAAUAAAUUACU